CGACUUCUACACGAGUUACAAGAACUUAAAAAUUCCAUAACAAAAUCUACAACAUGUUCCGCAUUUGUGCUCUUAUCUUUGCUCUGGUGGCCAUUGCCUCGGCUGCUCCUGCUCCUGGUUAUCUGGAACCCCAUCACGCUCACUCCCACUACGGAGUGGCUAUUACACCUGUGGUUAAGGUGGUGCCUGUGGUUAAGCAAGUGCCCGUUGUCAGCCAUGUUCCCGUUGUGAAGCAUGUCCCCGUGGUGCAGCAUGUGUCCGUGGUGCAGCAUGUUCCUGUGCUCAAGUCCUACUCCCCAGUGGUCCAUCAGGCAUCAGUCUAUGCUCCAUCGUACGCUCAUUCCCAUGGAGUGCCUUCCUAUGGAGUGCCCGCUUAUGGACAUCAGAUCUACCACCAUUAAGAGCCCCAAAAGAACCAGCAAUUUCGAUUUGAUAUGAAU